GAUGAAGCAAGCCCUGAAGAGAGACAGGCUUGGUCCUGGGUCUCCUUAGUGUUGUGUCCUUGCACAGGGAGAUGGAUGAACAGUUGCUCUGCAUGCCCUCAUCUCACUUUUGGUCCACAGGUUUUUGACCAGGUCAGAAGUAGCUGGGGGUGGUCAGAAAUGGUUCUGUGGGCCCAUUGGGUCUCUCAACUGAGCUCCCUUUGUGGGCCAAAACUAGUCUGAGUGAGCCUUAGUGGGGACAGUCCUGUGUGGUUGCUCUUUAUUCCUAGGGGAGGACAGUGCCAUGGUGGGACAGUGUGUCUCAUUCAGCAGUGGAGGACCUGCAGAUGUGACCAGAAUGGGAAAGAAGGGGAUGUGUUUCACGAGACUCAGCUUUCUGAGGCUUUUCCACCUGUUGCGAGGCUUAGUGCACCCUGUUUCAUGUCCAUGCUGCUGAAAGCAGAUGAGCACUGACACUCUGGGGUGGUGGUGCAACUGGGGAUCUCUGGUAAAUCCUUCCCAGCCUCUGGCUCCUGCAGGUCCCAUCAGUGCUGGCACUGGAGGAGUCAUCUUCCAGAGGCCUAUUCUGGGGCUUUGGGUUCUUUUGGGAUCACUCGGGCUGUGUGAGCAGGAGCACUGCAGCCCCUGGGGUUCUGCCCCAUGUUCCCAUUGGUCCCCGUGCCACUGUUGCUGUGCCACUGCCUGAUGUUGUCCCAGUCCAGCUGACCUGAGUCCCCUCAUCCCCUCCUGCCAUGGCUCUCCUCUCCUCCUGCAGAUUGUCACCUGCUCCCCUCACUUCUGCAAUCCUUGUGUGUGUCCUUCCUGCUGCAGCCCCCGUGCCCUCGUGCCGUGGGUGCUGGCACCCCACUGCCCUGUUUCUUGGGGCAGGAGGGACACAUCCCCUUCCCAGUCUCUCUGAUGCUGGCACACGGGCGCUGUGGCUGCCCAGCUGGACAUGGAGAGGGUCAUUCUGGCACCGGCGGUUGUGAUCCCACUGGCACCUCUUGGCACUGGGAACGUGUGGGUGUUGGUGUCCCCUGGUGUCCCCCGGUGUCUGCUCCCGCUUCGCUGUGCCCCUGGUCUCUUGCUCCCUCCCGGGAGGGGCCAGGCCCGCUGCCCGCAGCCCUGCCAGUCCCUGCCGUUCCGCUGGGAAUGCCCGCGCCGGCCCGGGCUGAAGGCACUCAGUCCCCGGUGUGUGGCUCGGCGCAGGGCUGGCCCGGGGUCGGAGCUCUGAGCCGGGUCAGUGCCGGUGCCAGAGCUGGGAGCGUAGGGCGGAGCCGCGCGGUGCCGGUGCCGCUACGCGGGGCGGGGACGGGCCGUACCGUAGCCGGUGCGUGGGGAGGAACCGUGUGGUGCCGGUCCCGGAACGUGGGACUGUACCGGUGCCGGUACGCGGGGCGGGAACGUGCAGUGCCGUAGCCGGUGUGUGGGGGCUGUGCCGGUGCCGCUACGCGGGGCUGCGCCGGUGCCGGUGCGUGGGGUGGAGCCGUGUCGUGCCGGUGCCGGUCCUCGGGGCGGGGACGAGCUGUGCCGUAGCCGGGGUGUGGGGCGGAGACGAGCGGUGCCGGUGCCGCUAUCCGGAGCUGUGCCGGUGCCGGUCCGCGGGGCGGACCCGGUGCCGUGCAGUGCCGUAGCCGGUCCGCGGGGCGACGCGCCCCUAUGAGCCGGUGAGGCGGCAGCGGUGCGUGAGGGAUGGCGGCGGGCGGCGGCGGAGGGCGACCGCCGGGCCCCGACCCCGCGCUGGAGCCCUACGUGCAGACCCGCAUCUUCAAAAUCAUCGUGAUCGGAGACUCCAACGUGGGCAAGACGUGCCUGACCUUCCGCUUCUGCGGGGGCACUUUCCCCGGCAAGACCGAGGCCACCAUCGGCGUGGACUUCCGCGAGAAGACGGUGGAGAUCGAGGGGGAGCGCAUCAAGGUGCAAGUGUGGGACACAGCUGGCCAGGAGAGGUUUCGAAAGAGCAUGGUGGAGCACUACUACCGCAACGUGCAUGCCGUGGUCUUCGUGUACGACGUGACCAAGAUGAGCUCCUUCACCAACCUCAAGACGUGGAUCGAGGAGUGCAACGGGCACGCGGUGCCCCCACUCGUCCCCAGGGUGCUCGUGGGGAACAAGUGUGACUUGAAAGACCUCAUCCAGGUGCCAUCCAGCCUGGCCCUCAAGUUCGCCGACGCUCACAACAUGCUUUUGUUUGAGACCUCGGCCAAGGACCCACAGGAAAGCCAGAACGUGGACGCCAUUUUCAUGUGCCUGGUGUGCCGGCUGAAGGUGCAGCGCUCGCUGCCCUGCCGGGACACGGAGGGCUGGCCGGCGCAGCCCCAGCCGCACCCCCGGCGGCUGGACGAGGCCAGCGGGAAAGGCUCCUGCCCGUGCUGAGCAGGACCCGCCCGGACCCCAAUAAAGGCUCUGAGCCCCCUGCGCUCCGA